AUGUCAUCUUCACGACCUAAAUUAAUAUCAUUAGAUGCAUUUGCAAAAACAGUUGAAGAUGCAAGGAUAAAAACAGCAUCAGGAGGAAUAAUAACAUUAAUUUGUAUAUUAGUUGCAUUGAUAUUAAUAAGGAAUGAAUAUAUUGAUUAUACAACAAUAAUAGCAAGACCUGAAUUAGUAGUUGAUAGAGAUAUAAAUAAACAAUUGGAUAUAAAUUUAGAUAUAAGUUUUUUAAAUCUACCUUGUGAUUUAAUAUCAAUUGAUUUAUUUGAUGAAACUGGUGAUUUAAAAUUAGAUGUUAUAAAUUCUGGUUUAGAAAAGUAUAGAAUUUUAAAAACUGGUGGUAAACAACUGGAAAUUUUAGAUGAUCAACCAGCAUUAAAAAGACAAGUUCCAUUAAAUGAAGUAUGUACUGGAUUAAAGGAAGGAGAAGAAGGUGAAUGUGGAUCAUGUUAUGGAGCAUUACCACAAGAUCAAAAACAAUAUUGUUGUAAUUCAUGUUCAGCAGUAAGAAGAGCUUAUGCAGAAGCUAAUUGGCAAUUUUUCGAUGGUGAAAAUAUAGAACAAUGUGAAAAAGAAGGAUAUGUUCAAAGAUUAAAAGAUAGAAUUAAUGAAAAUGAAGGUUGUAGAGUUAAAGGUAGUGCUAAAAUUAAUAGAGUUGCAGGUACUAUGGAUUUUGCACCAGGAUUUUCAAUGACAAAAAAUGGGAGACAUGUACAUGAUUUAUCAUUAUAUAUGAAAUAUGAAGAUAAAUUUAAUUUUGAUCAUAUAAUAAAUCAUUUAUCUUUUGGUAAUGAACCAAAUAGUGCAAAUGAUUAUAGUUCAUUAUCAACAUUAGAUGGACAUUCAUUUUUGGAACAUAAGAAAUAUCAUAUGAAUAAUUAUUACCUUAAAAUAGUAUCAACAAGAUUUGAAACAUUAGCAGGUAAAGAAAAAUUCGAUACAAAUCAAUAUUCAGUAAUAACUCAUGAUAGACCAUUACAAGGUGGUAAAGAUGAAGAUCAUCAACAUACAGUUCAUGCAAGAGGUGGUGUACCUGGAGUAGCUUUUAAUUUCGAUAUAUCACCAUUAAAGAUUAUAAAUAGAGAACAAUAUGCUAAAACUAGAUCAGGGUUUAUAUUGGGUGUUGUAAGUUCAAUUGCAGGUGUAUUGAUGGUGGGAGCAUUGUUAGAUAAAAGUGUAUUUGCUGCUCAACAAGCUAUUAAGGGAAAGAAAGAUUUGUAG